GGGGGGGUUAUCAUCUGACAGAUUGUGACGAUCCAUCUUCUCUCUUUCUCUCUUUCCCUUUCUUUCCUUUUUUUUAGUCUCUUUUUUCUUUCUUUCUCUCUCUCUCUCUUUGUUUCUUUAUCUUUUUCACACAUGGGGCUUUUGUAUCGUGCUUAUCUUGAAGGAUCCAGUACAAUCUACGGUUGCGCUAAAUGCAAAGCACAUUUAGCUUCUUCAGACAGUCUUAUUUCUAGACAAUUUCAAGGUCAACACGGACAAGCAUUUUUAUUCACGACAGUUGUUAAUGUUAAUUAUGGAAAAGAAGAAGAUAGAGGAAUGACAACAGGAUUACACCGAGUGCGAGACAUUUCAUGCACUCAUUGCUCCAUGUUACUUGGAUGGACUUAUGUUGGUUAAGCACAUCUUGGUUUAUGAAUGCAUAUGCUUGUAUGAUUGACCAUUAAUCUGUCUAUUUUAUUAGGUGAAGGCGUAUGAUCCUGAAAAUGAAUACAAAGAAGGCAAAUUCAUUCUGGAAAAGAAACUCUUGAAAGAACUGUCAACAAAAUCACAUACUGAUCAUGUUGAAUACAUCUAAUUAUUUAUUGUAUGCAUAAAGUUUUCUCUCUCUUUUUAUAUGCAUAUAUAAACAAGACUCCUUUGUAACUUGAGAACCAAAAAGCUGCAGACCUCUUUUUUAAAUAGAAAACAAUGAGUGAUUCCCUUCCUCUUUGGUUUAUCCUGAAAUACUUGAAAACCCUAUUUUAUCCAUCAAACCACAAUAGUGAUACAAUGUCUUUAGCAUUCAAAACUUGUUUAAAAGCACGAAUUGAGAUACUUCCUUUGUGAUAAUAAAUGAAUACGAAAAUAAAAAGGAG